GGGUGAAGGGACGCGCUCGCCAGGGCGCAUGCGCAGAGCGGGGGCGCGGCCUCCGGGACUACAGAUCCCAGAGAAGCGAGCGGGUGGCCGCAGGCGCCGAGCCGCUGACGCCAUCUUGAAACCUGAUCCUCAACCUCCGAGCCUUUGCGUCAGCGACCCGCGGCGGCGAGUGGACGGCGAGCCCAGCCUGCUGGAAGGAGGACGUUGAGGACGCGGCGGCUGGGCUGGCGGGAGCGACAGCUGGCGGAGACAUGGCAGGUUCCGAGCGCGGCCCGCGCUGCUGUCACUCAGCAUCCCCCUGAGGCGUUUCUACGCCCGCGCCCUCCCCGAGGGGCGGGGCCGACCACUCUGGUACCCAGAGCCCGCGCGCCGGUCUUGGAAGAAGGGGCGCCCCUGCACGGUGGGGACCCCAGCGGGCUGUGCCAUGCCGGCGGCAGGCCACCGAGGCGGGAGACGGAGCGCAGCCCGGCGCCAGUGAGUGAUCGCCGAGCCGCAGGCGCCUCAGGGAAGCUCGGCAGAGGCUGAGAGAGAAGAUGAAGGAGAUUUGCAGGAUCUGUGCCCGGGAGCUGUGCGGAAACCAGCGGCGCUGGAUCUUCCACACGGCGUCCAAGCUCAACCUCCAGGUUCUGCUCUCGCACGUCCUGGGCAAGGAUGUCUCCCGCGACGGCAAAGCCGAGUUUGCUUGCAGCAAGUGUGCUUUCAUGCUCGAUCGGAUCUACAGAUUCGACACCGUCAUCGCCCGGAUCGAAGCCCUUUCUAUCGAGCGCUUGCAGAAGCUGCUGCUGGAGAAGGACCGCCUCAAGUUCUGCAUUGCUAGCAUGUAUCGCAAGAACAACGAGGACUCCGGCGCGGAGACCAAGGCGCCCGGGAGUGGGACGGUUGACAUUUCCGGCUUACCCGAUGUGAGAUACUCCGCUUUGCUCCAGGAAGAUUUCGCCUAUUCAGGGUUUGAGUGUUGGGUCGAAAACGAGGACCAGGUUCAGGAGCCACACAGCUGCCAUGCUUCCGAAGGCCCUGCCAACCGACCCAGGAGAUGCCGUGGUUGUGCCGCUUUGCGGGUUGCUGACUCGGACUAUGAAGCCAUUUGUAAAGUGCCUCGGAAGGUGGCCAGAAGUAUCUCGUGCGCCCCUUCUUCCAGGUGGUCCACCAGCAUUUGCACGGAAGAACCAGCAUUGUCUGAGGUUGGGCCACCGGACUUAGCCAGCGCGAAAGGACCCCCAGAUGGAGAAAGCAUGGAGGAAGGGACCCCGGGAUCCUCUGUGGAGUCUUUGGAUGCAAGUGUCCAGGCUAGUCCUCCACAGCAAAAGGAUGAGGACACGGAGAGGAGCCCAAAGGAACCAGUGAAGUGUGACUGUUGCUCAGAUGAACAGGCCCCCCCGCAUAUGUGUAACCACAAGCUGGAGCUAGCUCUUAGCGUGAUUAAAGGCCUUGAUUAUAAACCCAUCCAGAGCCCCCGAGGGAGCAAGCUUCCCAUUCCAGUGAAAUCCAGCCCACCUGGAGCCAGGCCUGGCCCUAUCAUGGCAGAUGGCGUUAGUUCCGGUUUCCUUAACCGGUCACUGAGACCCCUUUACAAGACACCUGUCAGUUAUCCCUUGGAGAUUUCAGACCUGCAGGAACUGUGGGAUGAUCUCUGCGAAGAAUAUUUGCCACUCCGGGUUCAGGUAUACAAAAUGGCUAAAUGGUGCCUUUUCGAUGAUAGCUUUCCGGCCCCAAGCUUCACAUGAUGUCCAGGUGAAGGUUAAUAAUAUUCUAGACUUCAGAAAAGAAUCAUGGAGACCUUUUUUGUGUGUGCCUUUUGCUGGUGUCCCAUUUUGUAAAUGAGGCUCACACUCAAUUUGCUUUUCAUAAUCCUCUUUGUAACAAUAUUGGCCUUCCCAUUAAUUAUCAAAAUUACAGACCUGUUAAAGAUAAAGAUUUCUAAUUCACAUUUACCCAGUGAAAAGACAUAUAAUCUUAUUUCUGGCACUAGAACUCUUCCCUCUUUUUCAUUCCCCCCCCCUUUUAUUGCCUUGUUUUCAUGUUUAGAUUUGUACAUGUUUCCUCUCAUUCUGUUAAGGGAGUUAGUUCUCCCCGGAGCAUUAAACCUUUUUUCCCCAGAUAUGCCUCAAAAUGAUUAGCGCUUAGGGUAAAGGUUUGGGGCAAACAUAUUCGCCAAAAUAUUGUAACAUCUGGGCAAUAUUUAUACUAAAUUAAUAGGUCAUUUGAGGACUACUGAUGACUUGCCCAUAAAAGAGGCUUGGGAAUUCAAAUGUUGUCAUUUAAAAUGUUAAGGCAAAAACUAUUCCCAGCCAGUUUGUCUACAGAGCUUCUUUAGAAGAUGUGUGAUAUUAAGAAAGGAUUCAUCCAUUAUUGGGUGAUAGGAAAGUUUCAUCCAUUAUACUCCCUGAAUUUCUUAAUGACUAGGCUAUGGCAGUUGAUCUUAAUUUGAGCUGUUCAUAUCUGCUGAAUUGAUUUCAUACCAGCCUUUUAAAUUCAGCUGUAUACAGGGACCUAACAGAUGCUAUUUUGUUUCUAUAGCAACAGUAAAUGCUAGGUUCAGUUAACUUUGUGUAACAUCUGGCAUGUUCUACUUGAUACACACUCUUUAGUGAUACCAUUACAAGGGUGGACAAUCAAGAAGGCAUUUUUGGAAAGCCUGCUAAGGUCAACAUCAUCCUAGAAAUAGAGAGCGAGGUAACAAAUGAAAUUGUAAAAUCCGUAUCCAAUAUGAACUGAAGCAGCAAAUGGGAGACAUUUUUAAAUUUACACAAAAUUGUCAGAAACAGCAUAUGUGAAAGUGUUAUGAAAAAGUUUUAACAUGUGUUUUCAUUUGUAUAAAAUGUUAAGUAUCAAUAUGCCUGACGCUUAUAUACUUUUCUUUUGCCUCUUUUCUUUCAGUGGAGCCUCACAGCUAAAUUUGGGCUCUCCAGUAUUUGUGUGACCAGACAUAGAUGGCACAAAUUAAGCAUGGUGUUUUCAUAUUAGGAUCUAAAAGUAGUCUGGACAGGGUGGGUGGCAAUUAAGCUUUUAUUUACCCCUCUCAAAUAUGGUCAAUAUUGUAGAAAGGGAAAGACUUAGAAAAUUG